AUGGGUAAAGCGUACGAUGGCAAAAAGCGGUGGACUGAGACCAUCUUAGCAACGACGGCCAGGGUUUCUACGGCCGCUGGGCGACACCAUGGACCAACGAAGCGUCUAUCAGGUCGAACGCACAAGCUGAGCACUGCAAUGAGGCGGGUGGAUGACGACAUGCGGUCGGAAGUGCGCAAUGCACGUUUGGACGCUUUGGAAGCGGAUAAUUUCGGAGAAGACGCUGAUGACGACGGCGAAGGUUCUCGAGAUGGUGACGAAGCAUACGUGGACGAAGACGAAGGUGGAGCUGGUGCUUUGUCUGGUGGUCGAGCGCCAAUGAAGAAGAAGAGGCGAGCUGGUGUGCUGAGCAAGAAGAAGUGGAAGGUGAAAAUCUUGGCCCAGUUGGUGUUUGAAGAAUUGGGUCAUGGUGACCAGGCGCAGAAGCCUAAUUACUUGACUGCUGCUGUGGGACCUCCGAUAUAUCCUGCUCGGAAGUUUUGCUGCGUGUGUGGAUUCUUUGCAAACUAUAAUUGCCGACGGUGUGGAUCGAGGUACUGUAGCGUCAGAUGUGGUGAUCACCACAAAGAGAGUGGUUGUAUGAAGUUUGGACUGUGA